GGAAAUCCAUGCAUUUUGUCGUGUUGACAAACAUUGUAUUGUUGAUGGCUCUCUGGUGUCUGUGUGUGUUCCAUUGUCGAUUUCGUUCUUUGCAAAGUACUUGUCGUUUGGGAAAAGAAGAAGCCAAGGACUGGAAUGAAGGCCUUUCCAACUUAUCACACAUGUUGCUUUUAUCAGAAAUCAUUUAACACUAGAUUAUCUAAAUCUAGAAUCUAGAUUUAGAUCUAAGUCUCAGUCUGUCGCCAGUCGCUAGUAAACUUGUGUGUGACUGUGUAGUCAAGUAUGUUAGAUCUAGAGAUCUAGAUCUAUACUAGAUCUAUAUCUAGUCUAGGUUAGACUGGGCAGGCAACAAAAAAAACAACAACUCUUUUAUUGACGUGGAGAGCCGGUAUCACUUUUCAUCCCAUGACCUAGCAGCCUGUCAUCAAUAAGUCAAUAUUGUGCUGAUGUCUGGGGUAGUUACUUGACCUUUCAUCGAUCCCUGGCAAAGCAAAUCAUUCUCAAACUGCUUCCACUCUAGCCUCUAGCUAGAAAAAAAUAGUCUUUGUCUUAGUUUAGUUGCAUGAUAAUUCUUGUGAUCAUCAACGUUAAAGUCAAAGUCAAGAGCUGUGCUGUGUCUCUCCUAGAUCUAGAUCUAGAUUAAAUGUUUUCAUCCGACGAUAGUGACGAUUUGGACCAGGAUGGCGAGGAGCUGAUGCUGUCAAAUUUUUCCGACUCUGAGAAUGCACGACUCAUAGCACAGCCUUCUCUGCCCACUCUCACAGUUAGGACUGCAGCUGAGGCACAAGAAAUAGAUGAUAAAACUGAGGCGGAGGUCUCCCACAAUAACGGGUUUGGAAAUUCCUCUUCAUCUGAAUCGUCACGUCUUUCAAGGGGCUUAACCUUGAACAACAUAAGCAUCAUGAUGAAGAACGAUUCUCGUAAAUCCACUCCGUAUGUCUGGCUACUGGCGUCAUUCUCUGCCGUUGGUGGAUUUUUGUUUGGCUAUGACACGGGUGUUGUGUCGGGCGCUAUGCUUCUUCUCAGAGACGAGUUUUCCCUCUCGUCUUUUUGGCAGGAAGUGAUUGUGAGUGUCACUAUCGGAGCAGCCUUCUUGGCGGCUUUAGCAGGGGGGCCUUUGAAUGACAUGUUUGGAAGAAAAAUUGUGACUAUUUUGGCCAGUUUUGUGUUUACCGUUGGGGCUUUGGUGCUUGGAGCAGCUUCGAAUAUCUCAAUGCUCGUUGCUGGUCGAGCAAUACUUGGUGUCGGAAUUGGUACAUGCUGGGUCUGGCCGCCCUCCCCUCCCUGGUCCAGCUGUGUGGCUUCCUGUUCCUCCCCGAGAGUCCCCGCUGGCUGCUGAGGAAGGAGCGAGAUGCGGAGGCCCGUAGUGUGCUUGUCAAGCUCCGGGGCACGCAGGAAGUGGACUCAGAGAUUGCAGAGAUUAAGGAAAUGCUGGGCGCGGAAACAGCCGGCCAGGGUCGAGCGACGCUGGUGAGAAUGUUGAGUACCCCGCCGGUGAGACGAGCGCUCGUAGUGGGGUGUGGGCUGCAGCUGUUCCAACAGUUUGGGGGAAUCAACACUGUCAUGUACUACAGUGCCACCAUCAUCAGGAUGUCGGGGGUGAGCGACGAACACACAGCCAUUUGGCUGGCCGCAGUCACAGCUGCCGUUAACUUCCUGUUUACGCUGGUGGGCGUCUGGCUGGUGGAGAAAAUUGGACGCAAGAGGCUUCUGAUGGGCAGUAUGAUAGGUGUGAUAUUCAGCCUGGCAGUCAUGGCCGUCGCUUUCCAGCUGGCAGCCUACAACUCUCCGGCCAUUUCAGAGUUUGACCACGGUCAUCUCAACACCUCUUGUUCUUCUUACAGGUGGUGCGAGUCGUGCAUCGAGGACACCCACUGUGGCUUCUGCUACUCCGACACGUCGGGCUCCAUCAAUGGCACGUGCGUGUCGACACACCCGUCGAGGAACGCGCACGCUGACUUCGGGCGCUGUGAGAACACGACUCUCCCCACGGGGCAGGUGUGGGCAUACGACUACUGCCCCACCCCCUUCUCCUGGCUGGCCGUGAUGGGGCUAGUGCUCUACCUCAUGUUCUUUGCCCCAGGAAUGGGCCCCAUGCCGUGGACGAUCAACUCGGAGAUUUACCCGCUGUGGGCGCGCUCGACGGGGAACUCGCUGUCUGCCGCCACAAACUGGGUUGCCAACCUGCUGGUGUCCAUGACCUUCCUCACCCUGACUGAGACGCUCACCAAAUAUGGGACGUACUGGCUAUUUGUCUGUAUGUCUAUCCUGGGUCUGGCGUUCUUUGCCAAGUGUCUGCCGGAGACGAGGGGGAAGAGACUGGAGGAUGUGGAGGAGCUGUUUGCUCAGCCGUGGUCAUCGUGUAUGUCCUUGAGGCCCGCGCAGUACACGUCCUUGGACUCCCAGACAAGGUCAUGACCCUCACUGUAUAUGUUCUUAGACUCUGAGACAACGUGGUGACCCGCGGCAAAAUGCACUUUCAGGCAGGAAAUGUGUCACGGCGCGGUGGAAUCAGGCGCUCGUCAAUUUCUGUGCAUGUAGAGUUAUUGGUAUCGUCGUAAAGCUGGUUCAUUUAUCUUGCAUUUGAUGAAAAAAAUGCCCUUCUAUUUUGAGCAGAAGUGAAGAUAUUUGUGGUCGAAAGAGGUAAGUUCCCUUGGUUUCAGCGGUAAAAACGGCAAGAAAAUAGCACCAAAGUAACUUCCAUCGCUAAAGAGUCGAGCUACACCAUCUGGGUCACUACUGAUAGAUUUUGUAACGUGCUGACUUUUUUGAUCACCAUAGACUAUUUUAACAUAGCUUUAUCCGACAAGCAGACUCAAUUUCUUCAACACUGCGAGUUGUUACCCGUAACCAUGCCCUAUAUUGUAUGUCUAGCUCUAACUGUGUUCUGUGUGUGUGCUGAUUUAUAGCUGUAUAUCAACAUACCUGUUAUGUUGUAAAGGUGGGUGGUUGGCGGGUGCUCUGGUGUGGUUUGCUUCUUCUUUCCUAUCAAACAUCUAUCGUCUUUAU